UUCACGACUACUUCCUUUCACUGACAUCGUCAGCUGCUCAUUUUUCUUCACGUAUCCAAAAAGGAGGAGACAGAGUACACAUAACAGUGAGCGAUGCUCGCCCUUCUCUCCUUUCUCCAUUCUCCCUUCCCAAAACUCCCCACUGCUCGUCUUCCCAUCCUCUCCUCCUCAAACCCUCCUCAUCUCUUCCCGUCCAUACGCCGGAAACCUCCAUCGUCUCCGUCCAUCCGCCGGAAACCGCCAUUUUUUCCGGCGGAUAGUCUGAUAUCUCCCUUCGUCUCUCAACCUCCAGUUGCAUUCAACGCUGGAAAGGCAUUUUCGAGCUCCGUUUCCAUUGACUUCUCUCCGAAAGACGGGGCUCAGGGAAUGGAGCCAUUGACAUCGGCCGAUAGAGGGCAGGAUACGAAUCUCAGCAAUGGAAGCGUUAGAUCAAAGAUUGAAGAUCUAAACUGGGAUCAUUCCUUCGUGCGGGAGUUGCCGGGAGAUUCACGGACUGAUGCGAUUCCCCGGCAGGUGCUGCAUGCUUGUUAUACAAAAGUCUUGCCUUCUGCUAAAGUGGAGAACCCUGAACUUGUGGCGUGGUCAGAACCAGUUGCUGAGUUGCUUGAUUUGGAUCUGAAAGAGUUUGAAAGGCCAGAUUUUCCUCUCAUAUUCUCUGGGGCGUCUCCUUUGCCACAAGGGAUGCCUUAUGCCCAGUGCUAUGGAGGACAUCAGUUUGGCACAUGGGCUGGUCAGCUUGGUGAUGGACGUGCAAUAACUCUUGGGGAACUUCUGAAUUCUCAAGGUGAAAGGUGGGAAUUGCAGCUUAAAGGUGCGGGAAAGACACCUUACAGCCGAUUUGCAGAUGGCCUUGCAGUUCUUCGCAGUAGCAUACGAGAAUUUCUCUGCAGUGAAGCAAUGCACAGCUUGGGAAUCCCAACGACCCGUGCCCUUUGUCUUGUCACGACAGGCAAAGGUGUCAUCCGUGACAUGUUUUAUGAUGGUAACGCAAAAGAAGAACCUGGGGCCAUUGUUUGCCGAGUUGCUCAAUCCUUCCUCCGUUUCGGUUCAUUCCAAAUACAUGCCUAUAGAGGCAAGGAAGACCUCCAUAUCGUUCGUGCUUUGGCAGAUUACACCAUCAGGCAUCACUUCUCUCAUCUUGAGAAUAUGCAGAAGAGCAAGAGCUUAUCUUUUAGGGCAGACAGUCAGGAAGGCUAUUCGGCAGCAGACGUGAUGCCCAACAAGUAUGCAGCUUGGUCAGUUGAGGUUGCUGAGCGAACAGCUUCGUUGGUUGCAAGAUGGCAGGGGGUUGGGUUCACUCAUGGUGUUCUGAACACAGACAACAUGAGCGUGUUAGGUCUCACCAUUGAUUAUGGACCUUUUGGCUUUUUGGAUGCGUUUGAUCCAAGCUAUACUCCAAAUACCACAGACCUUCCCGGGAGAAGGUACUGUUUUGCGAACCAGCCAGAUAUUGGCUUAUGGAAUGUUGCACAGUUCACCGCAACUCUAAAAGCUGCUGAAUUGAUUAGUGAUGAGGAGGCAAACUUUUCUAUGGAAAGAUACGGGGUUAAAUUCAUGGAUGAAUAUCAGUCGAUAAUGACGAGAAAACUUGGCCUGCCAAAGUACAAUAAACAACUGAUCGGCAAGCUUCUCAACAACAUGGCUGUUGAUAAAGUAGACUAUACAAAUUCCUUUAGGUUGCUCUCAAAUAUUAAAGCAGACCCUAACAUUCCGGAAGAUGAGCUGCUUAUUCCGCUUAAGGCCGUUUUGCUACAUAUUGGCAGGGAGCGGAAGGAAGCAUGGGCGAGCUGGGUGCAAACCUACAUGCAAGAGCUGGCCUCCAAGGGAGUUUCGGACGAGCAGAGGAAGGUUGCCAUGGAUGGUGUGAACCCAAAAUUCAUUCUUAGGAAUUACCUAUGCCAAAGUGCGAUUGACGCUGCGGAGCAAGGUGAUUAUGGAGAGGUUCGCAGGCUUCUCAAAGUUAUGGAACGGCCAUAUGAUGAGCAGCCAGGAAUGGAGAAAUAUGCACACUUGCCGCCUGCAUGGGCUUAUCGGCCGGGUGUGUGCAUGCUGUCUUGCUCUUCCUGAGGUUUGUAUGCUCCCAAGACAUUAAAAAAAUUGAAAAGAGAUGAAGUCAGAGUGAUCGACACAAGAAGUUGGAGAGAUGGCGUUUGGCGUAUUCAGCAAGAGCCAACCCUUCGGACCUUCCAUUAACAAGGUGAUAUAAAUACUCAAAGAAGCAGUCCUGACCCGUCCUUCAGGCUUCAGCUCACUGGACUGAUGCCGUAGUGCCUGUGUGUGUGUGUGUGUUUGUGUAUGCGGCUGUUGCUUCUAAUUUUUUGGAAUUGUAUUCUUUUCAACAGUUUUCACAGUCUACAAUCUUUGUAUUAUUUCAUUCAACCAUAUCUUCUGGCAAUCUAUAAGGUCCUUUUGA